AUGCCAAGAGGACAUAAAAACGUGGGGAGCCAGAAAGACCCCCACGACCAGGACAUCGCCGUCACGGUCAACUUAGCACUAAGGCUGGAUGCCGGCUUGUGUAGACUAUUACUAACUACUCUCCACGACUCACCCUCCACGCCUCACCCUCCACGCCUCACUCUCCACGCCUCACCCUCCACGCCUCACCCUCCACGCCUCACUCUCCACGCCUCACUCUCCACGCCUCACCCUCCACGCCUCACUCUCCACGCCUCACCCUCCACGCCUCACUCUCCACGCCUCACCCUCCACGCCUCACCCUCCACGCCUCACUCUCCACGCCUCACUCUCCACGCCUCACUCUCCACGCCUCACUCUCCACGCCUCACCCUCCACGCCUCACUCUCCACGCCUCACUCUCCACGCCUCACUCUCCACGCCUCACUCUCCACGCCUCACCCUCCACGCCUCACUCUCCACGCCUCACCCUCCACGCCUCACUCUCCACGCCUCACCCCCCACGCCUCACGCCCCCCCACGCCUCACCCCCCACGCCUCACCCCCCACGCCUCCUCGCCUCUCCACGCCUCUGGGAUGCAGAGCUCCACGCCUCACCCUCCACGCCUCACUCUCCACGCCCACGCCUCACUCUCCACGCCUCACCCUCCACGCCUCACUCUCCACGCCUCACCCUCCACGCCUCACUCUCCACGCCUCACCCCCCACGCCUCACGCCCCCCCACGCCUCACCCCCCACGCCUCACCCCCCACGCCUCACCCUCCACGCCUCACUCUCCACGCCUCACUAUGCCCCUUGUGCUUACCGUGGGGAGCUGGGAUGCAGAGCUGGCCUCGUGGUCCACCUCCUCCCUCGACUGA